AUUUAUUCACUGCACUGAUGAUUCCCCCGAUCCUUCCUUGGACUACGAGCUUGUUCUUCGCAAAUGGUGUGAACUAAUCCCUGGUGCAGAAUUCAGAUGCUUUGUCAAGGAAAACAAGCUUAUAGGUAUAUCACAGAGGGACUACACUCAAUACUACGAUCAUAUCUCUAAGCAACAUGAGGAGAUCUGUAAAUCAAUACAGGAGUUUUUCAAGAAACAUGUACAGUAUAAAUUCUUGGAUGAAGACUUUGUUUUUGAUGUGUACAGAGACAGCAGGGGUAAGAUUUGGUUAAUAGAUUUUAACCCAUUUGGUGAAGUUACAGACUCCCUGCUGUUUACGUGGGAAGAACUGACCUCUGGGAAAAACUUGAAAGGAGACGAGGGUGAAGGGGAAGCAACAGAACAGGACUAUCCGGUUUUCCGUUGUACCAACAGUAACGUUACUGUUCAGCCUAGUCCAUACCUGAGUUACCGACUGCCGAAAGAUUUUGUGGACCUUUCUACAGGAGAGGAUGUUCACAAAUUAAUUGACUUUCUUAAACUGAAAAGAAAUCAGCAAGAAGAUGACUGA